AUGUUAUUGCCAUCUGAUGUUGACCUUUGCAAGUCAGUUUUACGACCAAUUGAUCAUGAAAGUGUAUCUAUUUCACCUCUUUCCUCUGGCACUAAUGGUGGAGGUGCUUUUUCCAAGUCAAAUGGUCCAGAUGAUUCUGAUGGAAAAACGGAUGUUUCAGAAACAGCAGGAAAAUCUGAUUCUGCCGAAGAUCGUAAUCUACUGUUUUCCCCACCAGAAUUGCAGAGUAUGACAUUGACAAAUUUCUCUAAUGUCAUUAAUCAAAAUAGCUCUGUUUCUAGCAUUGGGGAUAUGAGCUUGGAAUCGAAAAACCUGGCUGAGAAACACUCCACCCGUCAUUUAUCUACUAAUAUCUUGGAUGCUGGCCUUGGUUUUGAAUACUUCGACCUACAUGCAGAUUAUUUUCAACUUCUGAACUACCAUGAUUGUGAACUUCGUGCUUCUGAGUUUAGACGCUUGGCUUUAGAUUUACAUUCUAAGAGUGAUGUGACUAUUGAAAGCCAUGACGCUGCAAUUGAUGCUCUGUUGUUAGCAGCAGAAUGCCAUGUAAAUCCUUAUUUUAUGUUGUCUAUUGGAUCCUCAUCAAAACUUACAGGCUUUUUAAACUUCAAUGAAAGUAAAACGGUGCAGCCUCAUGAUAAAGUUAAGGUGAAAAGGACUUCCGGAAAGAAUGAACCUAAUUCAGAAACAAUCGCUCGAAUAGAAAGAAAAAGAGAUCAACUCGUUUUUCACAUACUGCUUGAGGCUGCAGAAUUGGACAGGAAAUAUCAUUUAAGAGUAUCUAAUGGAGAAAUUGGUCCUUAUUCUGCUGAAGGUUUUGAUGAACAGGUUAUAAAGCUGUCUCCCCUUGAUGUACAGUAUGCUGAUGCUCUAACUUUGGUGCGACAAAACCAAGCCCUGCUGUGUAACUUUUUGAUCCAACGGUUGCAGGGAGACCAAAUCUCAAUGCAUGAAAUUCUCCUGCAGAGUCUUGUGUACUUUUUGCAUACAGGCACCAAGUUAUAUUGUCCUCCAGAACAUGUGAUUGACAUCAUUUUAAAAUAUGCUGAAGACUUCAACAAGUUGUUGUCAUCUUUUCAUCAGCAGCUGAAGGAAAGUAGUUUGCAUAUUACAAAGGAAAGAAUGCAAGGGGUAGAGCGACGAUGGUUACUGCUACAGAGAUUGGUAAUUGCUGCAAGUGGUGGAGGUGAAAAGGAAAAUUUUGGAACUAAUGUACAAAAUAAUUACUUGUGUGGAAAUUUAAUUCCUUCUUCAGCAUGGAUGCAGAGAAUUUCUGAUUUUUCUGGUUCUGUAUACCCUUUGGUUCGAUAUCUUGGCUGGAUGGCAAUAUCUCGUAAUGCAAAACAGUAUAUGAAGGACCACAUUUUCCUUGCAUUUGAUUUGUCUCAGCUGACAUAUUUACUUUCCAUUUUUGCUGAUGACCUAGCUGUUGUGGAUGAAGUUGUCAGUAAAAAGAAUGAAGAGGUAAAAAUUGAAGAUUCAGGGGUUGAACACAGUUCUUCUGCUAAAAGAGAAUUUGAGCAUGGUAAUCAGCGUGAUGAGGAGCGGUCUUUUUGUGCAAUAUAUCCGGAGCUCUGGAAGUUCUUUCCCAAUAUGAAAAGGCAAUUUAAAUUCUUUGGAGAAACUAUUUUAGAAGCUGUUGGUUUGCAGCUGAGAUCUGUCUCUUCCACUCUGGUGCCUGAUGUUUUGUGUUGGUUUUCUGACUUGUGUUUAUGGCCAUUUUCUUUUGUUUCUUCAAUUGGAAGUGAUCAUUUGAAAGGUUAUACUGCAAAGAAUGCUAGAGCGAUAAUCCUUUAUAUACUUGAAGCUAUUAUAGUUGAACACAUGGAAGCUAUGGUUCCUGAAGCUCCCAAACUAGUUCAAGUGCUUGUGUCACUCUCAAGUUCUACAUACUGUGAUGUAUCCUUUCUUGAUUCUGUUUUGCGUUUGUUGAAGCCUAUCAUUUCUUAUUCUUUGUCCAAGAUUUGUCAUGAUGAAAAGUUGUUGGAUGGUGAUUCUUGUCUGAACUUUGAGGAGUUGUGCUUUAACACCCUUCUCUUGAAAUUAAAACAAAAGAGUGAGGUCGAGCAUAGUUCUGAAGAUAAAGGAUUCAAUACAGCAAUGGCUAUUUUUAUUUUGGCAUCGAUGUUUUCUGAUUUAUCUAUCCGAUAUAGGAGGGAGUUUUUGCAGUCCUUAUUGAAUCUGGCAAACUUUGCUGCUUUUGCCCCAACAACUUCUUUCUUUGAUUAUCUCAGUGCAUUUCAAUGUGUUAUGGACAAUUGCAGAUUACUAUUAGUGAAUGCAUUAACAGAAUUUGGUAUAAUUCCUCUUCAGCUGCCCUCUUAUCCUCAUGCCAGUGGAGAUGGACUUUCGGAAGAUAACAUAAAACCAAAUUCAUGGUUUCUUAGUGAUGUCUGUUGCAUUGUUUGUGAGGAUGAUGUUCAUAAAGUAGGGAGCAACAACUCUAUAGCUGAUGUUGGUCAUUGUGAUGUAGCUUCUUAUUAUUUAGAAGGAUUGGCUAAGGACAUAGAGGGUCUCAUUUUGGGGCUUAAUCCAGCUAUUGAGCGCAGUUGGAAUCUUCAUCAUCAGAUAAGUAGAAAAUUAUCAAUAGCAUCAGCCGAAUGCUUUGUCUUUUCAAAAAGUUUGAUAUCAGUUUCUCAAAAGUUUCAUAAAGCUGAAGCUGAUCAAAAUUCUUCACCAACUAAAUCAUCUGACAUGGUCAUGCCUCAUUGGAGAAUAGGUCUUCAAGGCCUUUGUGAAUUGAUUGUUAUGCUUCAAGAAAGCAGUUCCUGGGAAGUUUCUUGCGUGAUUCUUGAUUGUUUACUUGGAGUACCGUAUAGCUUUUCCCUGGAUGGUGUGGUAGGUAUGAUAUGUUCCACAAUAAAGAAUGUUUCUUGCAGUGCACCAAAAAUUUCUUUGCGUUUGCGGAGUGAUAAGUGGUUAACUUCUUUAAUUGCUAGAGGUGUCUAUAACAGUCAAGAAAGUGAAGUUCCUCUUGUAGAUCUAUUUUGUACACUGCUGGCCCAUGCCGAGCCUGAGCAACGUAUUAUAGCAGUGAAGCAUUUGGGAAUACUUGUUGCCCAGUGUACGAAUGGAGAAAGAGCUGCGAUGAAUUCUAAAAUUUGCUCAGACUUAAUUCCAAAUAAGUCAGUUCUAUCCAUUCCUGAUUAUGUUCUAUCUCGUCUGGUUUCUAGUACUUGGGAUGAAGUUGUUGUACUGGCCUCAUCUGAAUUGUCAUUACAAUUGAGGGUUCAUGCAAUGGCACUUCUUUCAAAUUACAUACCAUUUGCUGAGCGCCAUCACUUGCAAGCUUUUCUUGUGGCAGCUGAUAGCAUUUGUUGUUUGUGUAAUGCACAACCGUCUCAAGAUAGUCCUAUCCUGCAACUUUCAUUAGUUCUUAUUGGUUAUGCCUGCUUGUACUCACCAGCUGAAGAUAUUUCUUUAAUUCCUCACAAUUUAUGGGAAAAUGUUGAAACCUUGGGGUCUACAAAACAUGUUGGCAAGCUUGGAGACCUUGAAAAGAGGACAUGCCAAGUCCUGUGUAAAUUGAGGGAUGAAGGAGAUGAGGCCAAAGAGGUCCUGAAAGAAGUACUUUCUUCGAAUUCUUCAAAGCAGUAUGACCAAGACUUUGCUAAUACACGAGAAUCUAUUCUUGAGGUCCUUGGCAACUUAACAGCAGUGAACUCAUACUUUGAUUUAUUCUCACAGAAAAUCGAGCAAGAUGAUAUGGAGCUUGAGGAGGCUGAGUUGGAGCUAGACAUUAUACAGAAGGAACAUGCAUUACCAGGACGAAUGGAGGAUUCCAAUGAUUGGAAUCAGAUUCCUGGUCUACCCUCAAACAAAAAGGAUGUCUCAAGGCUUCAGCAAAUCAGAGAGCAUAUUCGUUCUGUAGAAAAGUCCAAACUUAAAGAAGAUAUCAUAGCCCGUAGGCAAAAGAAACUACUUAUGAGACAUGACCUUCAAAAACAUUUGGAAGAAGCAGCAUUGCGGGAAGCUGAACUUCUGCAAGAACUUGAUAGGGAGAGAACAGCUGAAAUGGAAAAAGAGCUGGAAAGACAAAGAUUACUAGAAUUAGAACGUGCUAAAACAAAGGAACUGCGUCACAAUCUUGAUAUGGAGAAGGAGAAGCAAACACAGAGAGAACUUCAGCGUGAAAUAGAGCAAGCAGAAUCAGGACUUCGACCAUCUCGGCGUGAUUUUUCAUCCUCCACCCACAGUAGUGAAGAUGGAUUUUCUAUUUUCUUUGCGGGGGUUUUGUGGGUUUCUGAUUUUGUAGUAUCCCUAGGAAUAGAUUUCAUGGAAGAGAAAAUUGAGAAUCUGGUGAUAAAGGAAGAAAUAGAGCUGGUAGUUGAAGCAUACAACCUACCAGUUCAUCAAUUUCAGGUUUACCAAGUGUAG